AUGGAGCUGGCAGAAGACAGCCCCUUGCAACGUGACGGGUUUGUGUGCUACAACAAAAGCUCUGGAAUGGCUGGCAGCACCAAGAAGAGACCACCCGUCUGGGUCUGUUUCUCGUCUCUCUAG